AAGUCGUUGGGAAGGUUGUUUCGUUCUCGUUUUGGGUCAGUAGUGAAAGCAUUUUAUAGAGCAACAGAACCUGAUCAACGAAUCUUUCUCACUUUUCUCUCUCGCCAUGGCUAUGGCUAUGCAAAGCGGAAUUGGGAUCUCCAAGAUCCUCUUCAUCGCUGGAGCAGGUUACACCGGCACUGUCCUCAUCAAAAACGGCAAACUGUCCGAUUUAAUCGGCGACCUUCAGCUGCUGGUGAAGGGAUUUGAAAAAUCUGGGGAACAGGAAGGUGAAAGUGAAUAUGCUGAUGCAAUAGCUGCUCAGGUGCGUCGUCUGGCAAAUGAAGUUCGGCAAUUAACAUCAAGUAGACCAAUCACAGUACUGAAUGGGGGUUCUGGACAAAGUAAUUUAUCAUCUCUUGUCGUUCCAGCUGCUGCCUUGGGUGCUCUGGGUUACGGUUACAUGUGGUGGAAGGGCAUUUCCUUCUCAGAUCUUAUGUACGUGACUAAACAGAGUAUGGAAAAAGCUGUUGCAGAUUUAACAAAAAAGUUGCAACAUGCCUCUGAUGUGAUCGCUGAUGCCAAGAAGCAUUUGAUCCAGAGAAUUCAGAAUUUAGAUGACAAAAUGCUCAAGCAGAUUGAUUUGGCCCGGUCAACAAAGGAUGAGGUGCGUCUUUCGUCACAUAAAAGUUUAUGCUUACACCGGUGUUUGGCAUCAAAUGCAUGCAAUCAUGACGAUUUCCUGGCAAAAUUUCCUGAGGACUUGGGUUUCUUGCAACAAACAGUGGAACAAAUGGAUGAAAGGUUGACUACAUUGAGUUCUAAGCAGGAUUAUGCAAAUUAUGGAUUGGCAUAUCUUAUUGACUUUGUACAUGGAAAAGGCCAGAAAAUGCCUGAAAUUUUGCAGGAACAACUGAAAGUUUCGGGGAAGUCCCCUAAUUUGCUCACGUUUAAAGGAGCUCCAAAUGUGAUGGGUCUCAAAGACAUAGCAGAAACGUUGUCUAUUGGUUUAGACAGGUCAGCUUCAGACACUAUCACGGCCAAUGGUGCGGAAAAACUAAACCAGCUACGGAGGCCAUUGUUGAGGACUUCCUCAACCAGAUGAUGAUAAGGUCUUCAAAUCAUGAUGACCUAGGUUUUAAGCCUUCCUUCUUCACCUUGUUUUUUAUUCAGCAACGACUUUCAAUUCUCUUGUUCAUUAGAUCAUAACAUGAGCUGUUAUGAUUUAUCACAUAGAAAUUUACCUCUCUAUAGCAGUAAUAGACUGUAUAUUAUAUUGAAGCUAAUGAAUUAUGAAUCUAUGUUGUAAAUAAAAUUUUGCUAUCAAGAUAAGGUGUACGUUGGUUUGGUGCUACCACGUCUUAUGCCAGUUGCUUUUUUAUAUGAUUCAUAACUUCUAUUGUA